AUGGAGAGAUCAAAUGUUGUUUAUCUCAUCUCCAUACUUGUCAUCAUGGCUUCGCACUCUUCACCUUCACACGGCCUGAGAAUUUUUGGCUACGAAAUAGGCCGUGUAAUAAUCGAGGGUGUCCUGAUUUGUAGUACUAACGGAACCGCUAACCCGGUCUCGGAUGCCACUGUUUUCUUAACAUGUGGCGGAUCAACCAUCAAUCUCGCUUACGCAGUGACCAAUCUCUCCGGUGCGUUUUCCAUUGUGCUCAACAUCGUAGAAACACUUUUGUUUAACCCUAGUUUCUGCGGUAUCGGAGCUAAUCUUCCGACGGGAGGUUGUGGUGUUGAGUUUCCUGAUGACGUCCUCUAUUCCACAUUAUCACUGGUCAGCAUCGCUCGGACGGGUGACACAUAUACCGCUUUUUACAGGGCAGACCGAUUUCGAUGA